AGUGGGGGCCGCCAGGCGCGAGGGGGACGCGGAGGCGCACGUGGCUCCCAGCCCCGAUGGGCAAACAGCAGCCGGCGCCGCCGCGGCGGGCAGGGCCGGGUCCUUCGGGCCGCGGCGGUCGGGGGGAGCCGCGCAAGGGCAGCCAAGAGAAGAAGAAAACCAACUCAAAGCCCAAACAUGUUGAUGAGCAGGAAAUUCCCUAUCGGCUUCGGGAACUCAUUAAGAGCAGAGAAGAGAUGAAAAACCCCAAGAACAGGAAGAGAAGGAAAGCAGCGAGCAAAAGGAAGCCUGCGGCCCAGGGUGAUAUUCCCGUGCCCAAGUUCAAGAGGCGGAAGCAAGAGUCGGUGUCGGCUUACGUCCAGCGCAUGGAGCAGGAGACCCAGCACGUCCUGUUUCUCACCAAAAACCAGCUGCAGCGCGAGCCUGAGACUGAGGAGCCGGCCCCGGAGAAGUCACAGAAGAAGAAGGAAUUUCAGAAUAAACGACUGGAGAAAAUGCGAAAGAAGAGAGAGGAGAAGAAAGCAGCGAUGCUGGAGAAGGCCUUGUUCCAAGAUCCAGUCCAGUUUGGCGAGGUCGCCAUGCAGCCGCCUGCACUUACCGUGAAGCCCAGAAACGGGGUGAACAAAGAGAAGGCUCGUCCGAGGCAGCUCCUGCUGACGGCUCUCCUGGCUCCUGGCCACGCGGCUCCUGCCCGCAAAGCUGUCCCCAUGUCCCUCGCUCGCCAGCGCAUCAUGGAGGAGGAGCGGGAGAGGGUCAUCCAGGCCUACAGGAACCUAAAGAAACGCAGACAGCAGCAGGCGCCCGAGAGCUGCUUCGCAGGGGACAAGCAGGAGAAGCCAGUCUGAGGCCUCGGGCAGCCAGUGCCGUCCUGGGGAGGAGAUGUGGCUUUGGUCUCUCAGUACAUGUGGGGAUGCUGAUAUGGUGAGAGGUGUCCUAAGGUGCUCCAGGGAUCUGCUGUAGGGGGAGGAGCCCUCCCCAGUCUGUCUGAUUGAGUCACCAGGACACAGGCCCAGGAGGGCAGGAUCUCUCAGCCCCUCCCUCAGUGUGUGGAGCACAAGGCUUUUAGCCAAGCAGCGACAGCAGCCAGCCCCUCACCUGGUGUAACAUGCUGCAUCAGGCCCCAGAACUCUGCUCUGCCCCCUUCCUGCCGGAGCAGAACAACCUGUGACGGGAGGGUGCAGGUCACUCCAGCCCCGAGUCUUUGGGAUCCCCUCCUUGUCGCUCGCAGGCCCAGCCCAGAGGCGACACCGUGUUAGCGGCAGGAGGCAGGCACGGUGCCAUGGCUUGGGCUCUGUGCGGAAGGGAGGGUAAAGGGAGGCGCUGGAAAAGCCCAUUUGUGACCAUGCAUCCCUGCUGCUCUCCGAAUGCCGCCUGCCUUCUCAGCCGGGGGAGCUCACUGGGCCGGCGCCCGGAGGGGCCGAGCCCGCUGACAGGAAACACUCUCGAAGGGGCAGUCUCACGCCGAGCUGCCUGUGUGUGUCCCUGAGCACCUCCCCCUCAGCGGGCACACGCAGGGCAGGCCCCAGCGGUGGCUGCAGAGCCGGCAGGCUGCUACUCCCAGCCUGAGCUGGGGGAUGUUUGCUCCUUCAGCCAAACUCAAUAAACAGCAGGAAAAUGAAUGGAAAUCUCCCCCUGCACUUCCUUCAUCCAUUUUAACCUACCUUUCCUGCCCCUAAUCCCCGAGCAGGGGUCUGCUGCCUUCCCUGCCCUGCAAUAGCAUCGACUCCCCUGCAGGUGGCAGUCUGCACCCAGCAUAUGACCUGGGUGGCCAAGCCCCUGGCCCCCUCCCCUUGGCCUGCAUUCCCCAUGGGCAUGACUGCUGGCCUCUGGCAAGGGGAGACUGUCCCGCGGCUACAGCCGGGAGAGGGAGCUCCUGCUAGGUGUAUGGCUCGUUCCAUAGCCCGAGGCAGACUGGCCGUGUGCUAAUGGCACUGGUUGAAACUCAGGACUCCUGGGUUCUCUUUGCAGCCUUGCUGGGCAACUUGUGGGCUCUGUGUGUGCCUGUGCCUCAGUUUCCCCAUGUGCUAUGGAGAAAACCAGGGUUUGAGGUGGGAUUCCCCUGGGCAGGGUGUGGUCCAACCGUCCCGGGGUGGUGCUAGAGAGGGCAGCAUGUCUUUGCUCUGCCCCCGGCAGGCCUGGC